AUGGAGUGUGAGAGACCUGCAUUUGAUCUUUUCCAGAUUGAUGCGGACAAGGUGUCUCGCAUCGGCUCCGACUACAACUUGACCGUCGCCGACCUAGUGAAGCCCGAGACCCUACUCGAGACUGUGGCGUCUGAUCAGAAGAUGGGGACUUUCCUCCGAGAUGCUGCUCAGUUGACGGGGUCGGCGGCUUUUGGCACCCAAGCCGAGCCUCUGGAAGCCUUGAGCCUGGCAGAAGCAGCUUGA